UGCAGCAGGCGGGCCCCGGCGCGCGGCAGUAUCCUCGACUGGCGUCGCUCCUGGGGAUGGUGAGCAAGGCGCUACUGCGCCUGGUGUCUGCCAUCAACCGCAGGAGGAUGAAGCUACUGCUGGGCAUCGCCCUGGUUGCCUACAUUGCUUCUGUUUGGGGCAACUUGGUUAAUAUGAGUUUUCUACUCCACAGGUCUAUCCAGGAAAAUGGUGAACUGAAAAUUGAGAGCAAGAUUGAAGAGAUUGUUGAGCCAUUAAGAGAGAAAAUCAGAGACUUGGAAAAGAGCUUCAUCCAGAAAUAUCCACCAGUAAAAUUUUUAUCAGAAAAGGACCGUAAGCGAAUUUUGAUAACCGGAGGUGCGGGGUUUGUGGGUUCCCAUCUAACUGACAAACUAAUGAUGGAUGGCCAUGAGGUGACAGUGGUGGACAACUUCUUCACUGGCAGGAAGAGAAACGUGGAGCAUUGGAUUGGCCAUGAAAACUUUGAACUUAUUAACCACGACGUCGUAGAACCCCUCUACAUUGAAGUUGACCAGAUAUAUCACCUGGCAUCGCCAGCUUCCCCUCCAAACUACAUGUAUAAUCCUAUCAAGACGUUAAAGACCAAUACAAUUGGGACAUUGAAUAUGUUGGGGCUGGCGAAACGAGUUGGUGCCCGUCUUCUCCUGGCCUCUACCUCUGAGGUGUAUGGCGAUCCUGAAGUCCACCCUCAAAGUGAGGAUUACUGGGGCCAUGUGAAUCCAAUAGGACCCCGAGCCUGUUACGAUGAAGGCAAACGUGUUGCAGAGACCAUGUGCUAUGCCUAUAUGAAGCAGGAAGGAGUUGAGGUGCGAGUGGCAAGAAUAUUCAACACCUUUGGGCCACGCAUGCAUAUGAAUGACGGGCGGGUUGUCAGCAACUUCAUCCUGCAAGCGCUUCAGGGGGAGCCACUCACGGUAUAUGGAUCUGGAUCUCAGACGAGAGCAUUCCAGUACGUGAGCGAUCUCGUGAAUGGGCUUGUGGCUCUGAUGAACAGCAAUGUCAGCAGCCCUGUCAACCUGGGGAACCCAGAAGAACACACGAUCCUAGAAUUUGCUCAGUUAAUUAAAAACCUUGUUGGUAGUGGAAGUGAAAUUCAGUUUCUUUCUGAAGCCCAGGAUGACCCACAGAAAAGGAAACCAGAUAUCAAGAAAGCAAAGCUUAUGCUGGGAUGGGAGCCUGUGGUCCCACUGGAAGAAGGUUUAAAUAAAGCAAUUCACUACUUCCGGAAAGAACUUGAGUACCAAGCGAAUAAUCAAUACAUCCCCAAACCAAAACCUGCAAGAAUAAAAAAAGGACGGACACGCCAUAACUGAAAACCUCACUUCCUGGGACAGGAGACUCCCUGUUUUACACUUGAUGGGAUGUAUUUUCGUUUGUUUUCCUUUUUAUUUUUUUGGAAGAAAGACUUAAACAGGUGUCAUGAAGAACAAACUGGAAUAUCAUUCUGAAGCUUGCUUUAAAGAAAUGGAUGUGCCUAAAAAAACUCCCCUCAAAAAACUGCAGAUUUUGCCUUGCACUUUUUAAAUCUCUCUUUUUAUGUAAAAUAGGGUAGAUGCAUCUUUGCGUAUUUUCAAGUUUUUUAUCUUGCUGUGAGAGCAUAUGUUGUGACUGUCAUUGACAGUUUUAUUUACUGGUUUCUUUGUGAAGCUGAAAAGGAACAUUAAAUGGAAUGAAAAAAUGCCAAUUUUAUUUAUAAAAGUGGGUACUUAUAAAUGAGACAUUAUACUAUGCAUAAAGAAAAGAGAAAACUAGCAGUGUUGUCAGUUGGAUGGAGCACUGGCAUUUAUUGUUCAGGCUGAUAAAAGAAUUCUGUUUGAGAGCUUUAUGUUUCUUUCAAUUCAGAAUUUUUCCAAGGUCUAGUUUUUAGUUGCACACGUGACUUUGAAAUACUUCUGUUGGUUACCAUGAUUAAGGAUAUUGGAAUCACUACUGUGUCGUGCUAUGUGUUCUGGGGGGAAAAAUAGUUAACGUAUUCUUGGUUAACAGUGGUUGAAUAUGCUAUUUUAAUAAAAUAUUGAAAC